AUGAAAAACUAAUCUAGGAAAAAGGACGAGACAAUGGAAAAAAAAAAAAAAAAAAAACCUGAAAAGAGGGCUUAAAGCUGUGACGAUAUAAAGUAAUCGUGGUUAUGGUGGGAAGAGUGUACGGGAACGGCGGGAGGCCAACCAUGGUUAGCGAAAGGCAGCAUAAUCUGCGGACAACAGUCUCUACUCUACCCUCUAAUCUCCCCCAAGAUCAAUACACAGCCUAGGGCCCCGAGGCCACUUAUCCACCAUUGCCAACUGUUCGCUCCCACAUUCUUUCUUCUUCUGCCGACUCUUCUCUCUGCAUUGAACUUGAUUUACUCCAUCAUCGAAGCAUCUCUGAGCUCAGACCAGACCACCAACUCUCGCCAAAACUUCAAUUUCGGAAGAUCUCAAAAUCGAAAUCGAUCGGGAUGGGAAUUUCGAGCAUGUCGUCUCCGUCCGAUGGAAUACUGUGCUUGAUUCUGGUGACCACCGCCAUAUCGAUCGUCGUCGUGAAAGGCGUUGUCCGGUCCUUUCUGCAGGUGGUUGGCAUCAACCUGCCAUCAGAUUCCGAAAUUGAGCUCUCGUUGGAAUCCGAUGAGUGUCGCGGGAUCCCCUCCGACUCCUACAUGGACGCAUUCCGCCACCGCACGCCGGCGGUGCGCUUCGACUCCGUGGCCGGCGGGAAGUGGGCGGAGCAAGAGUGUUGCGUGUGCCUGCGUGGGUUCGAACCCCACUCCGAGAUCAACAGCCUCUCUUGCGGCCAUCUCUUCCACAAAAUGUGCUUGGAGAGGUGGCUUAACUACUGGAACGUCACCUGCCCCCUCUGCCGGACACCCUUCAUGCCGGAAGAGGAGGCAGCGGCGGAGGAGAGUGGGGAUGAAACGACGCCGUGCGCCUGAAAGGAGUCAUCGUGUACAGCUUAGUGAACAAGAAGGCCAGUUAAUACAUUACACGCGUAUGAAUCGGUGGCACCUGGGCCUGGGCCUGGGCCUCCCCAGGCCCAUCUUUUUUUAAUUUUUUGUGUUUUGGGGGUUAAUGGGUUAUCUUAUGAUAUGAUGUUGGGUGUUGUGAUGUACACGUGGCCGUGGGGAUGACCUUUUGGAGGCACUUUUUGUCUUCAAGUUCAGCGUUGUGACUUAUGGAAAUUAUAGUUCUACUUA